AUGCCGAAGGCGAUGAAGAAAGGUGUUGCGAGCAAGAAGAUGGAGAAGAAGGUCCUUCUUAAGGAGGCCGCCGCGAAGAAGAAUCUUCGCUGCGCAGCGAAGACGACGAUGGCUGAGGGGGAGGAGGCCACGCUGGAAGAGAUGAUCCAAUGGCUGCGGGCCCAUCCAGCGCAGUGCUCCUCAAUGUUGGCGUCCGUCAAGAAAGGGGUGUGGGAUGGUUCCUCCAGCGACGACGAGGAUGAGGACAGACUGGCUCCCUACAUGAACAAGAUCAGGCUCAUCUCCAAGCCCAAGCUCUUGGACAUCCUCUCCGACUUGCUCCCGCAGGCCCAUCAAUGGCUGAAGGUCCUUCCCCGAAAGACGAAGAAGGAGGAGCUGGCAGCGAUCCUUGCGUUCCUUGUGCACAUGAGUCCAACAUCGGCCCUUCCGACAAAGAUUUUGAGCCGGCUCCUCGAAGAGUUCAAGGAAAGAUGGGCUGAUUUUGGCAAGCGUGCCAAAGACUGGAGGCCCAUCAGCGACAAGCAGGAGUUCUGGGACCAUCAUGCCUAUUGGUCCAUCGACAUCAACUCGGACGCGACUGAGGGGUUCCUCUGCUACGGAGCUGGCGUCGACCCGACAGACAAGAAGAACAGGGUGGCUCUUCCUUCGGAGAUUGUCUCUCAUGCCACAACUGUGGAAAAUGCGGGUUCCUUUGAUGGUGCGAUCAUCAAGAAGGGGGCUUUGAUGAGGAAUGUGGUCCAUCUGCUUUCGGAACUGGGCGAAGCGAACCGUUGGGUCCGUCCAUUGUUCUUGAAGGAGGUCCCUGGUGGAGAUGGGCAGCUCGGGAAGACGAAGAAGGCCCCUCCCGCUGAGGCGAGCAAGAUCCGCAAGAAACGUGAUGCUGACGGUGACGCCUUGCUCACGCCGCCCAGGAGGGUCCGGCAGAAGGGCAGCUCCGCGUCGAGCCCUUUGUCCUCAAAGGCCAGUAGCCAUGCCUCACCGUCCCCGCACAAGAUCAAGAAGAGGUUUGAGUCGCCGUCCAUCAGCAAGAGUCGAGGCAAGCCAUCAAAGAUGCCCACUCCACCCAAAGGCAAGGGCGGUGUGCUGGAUGUUGACGGCUCUUCCCGUUCCCCAAGCAAGCCCGCCAAGACCGGCUCCUCCCCAGCCAAGUCGAAGCCGAAGACCGGCUCCUCUCCUCUCAAGGAGGCUGCGAAUAAUAAGCAGCCGGGCUGCGUCACAGUGGACUAG